AUGUCUGAAGCAAAUACCUCAAGUAACCAACCGGCUGCGGGAGAAUCUCCUUUGAGCACGAUCCUUCCAUUGGAAAUUAUUGAUAAGUCAAUUGGACAUAAAAUUCAAGUAUUGAUGACGAACGAUAAGGAAUUUAAAGGAACUUUGAUAGGGUUUGAUGAUUACGUCAAUAUGGUUUUAGAAAACGUCGAAGAAUUUGACAAUGAAGGUCCAAAAGGAAAGGUUAUUAAGAAAAUGUUGUUGAACGGAAGUCAAGUCGCUAUGUUAAUUCCAAGUCUCUAG